UGAAAAAUUCGUCAUGGUUCAAUAUAAUGAUCAAUGUAAAAUAGGGAAAAUGGCUACACUUAUAUCUUGUUUUAUUGUUGCUUUUAUGUCAUUAAAAUUAUUAUGGGAUUAUUUCUUAAUAUAUAUGUAUGCCAAGUACAUAUACAAUAAUGAUAUCGAUAAACAAAGAAAAAAUUUAAAAUUCUGCAAAGGUAGUUGGGCUUUGAUAACAGGUUCAACAGAUGGAAUUGGUAAAGCCUAUUCUUUAUGCCUUGCCCGAUUAGGAUUUAAUAUUAUUUUAAUUGGGAGAUCUCAAGAAAAAUUAAUGGAUACAAAAGAGAUGUUGCAAAAUGAUGAAAGAGUAAAAAAAAUAAGAGAAAUUGACAAUUUGAAUACAUGGGAUAACAAAGAGUGGGUACAAACUGGCCUUUUAGAUUUUAGUGUUGAUGAUUACAAAGUUGUUGAUAAAGUUAUUGGAAGCCUUAUUCAAAAUCAUGUUACUGGUAUUGUUGAAAAGAAUUUAAAAGUUGUUGUCAAUAAUGCAGGAGUGUCAUAUGAUUAUCCUAUAUUUUUUAUGGACUUACCUGGUGAAUACCAAAUUAGUCAGAAUAUGGUGAAUGUAAAUGUAAUGAGCACUCUUAACGUUACCAUAGCCUGCUUAAAACGCAUGAAGCUGCCUAGGCGUUCUCUCAAUACUUCAAACACUGAUUUGGAGGUCGACAAAGAACUUUUGAAUUUCCAAAAUUUUGAAAAUUCCAAAGGUGGAACUAUUAUAAACGUCUCAUCUUUUUCGGCUCUCAAUUCUACGCCCUGUCUCACCGUCUAUGCUGCUACUAAAGCUUUUAUCAAACAUUUCAGUGCUUGCCUCAACGCCGAGUUGAAGAAUACAGCCGGAGUUAUUGUCCAAACAGUGAUGCCAUACUUCGUCGUUACCAAGAUGACCAAACUUAAAAGAGUAACUUUAUUACAUCCCAGUCCAGAAGUUUACGUCCAAAAUAGCUUGAAAAUGGUGGGACUGCAAACCGUUACAUUCGGGUAUUGGCCUCACUCUCUUAUGGCUCUCCUCAAUAAAACGGCUUAUUAUUUAUCCCCUUGGAUUGCGGAAAAGAUUAUUUUAUCUGUCUUCACUUCUAAUUUGCGGAAGCGAGAACAAAGGGGUCUAAGGCAAAAAAAAUGAAUGAGUCAUUACAUUUGAAAAUGGAUUUGUAAAUUAUAUCUUACUAACAAUUUAAAAAUAAGAUACUAAUUUGUUUAUUAGAUAUUAUAUUCUUUUAACAAUCUUUUAUAAAAAAAAUUAUAAUACCUUAUCUUAUUAUUAUUUCUUAAUUAAGUCGAUUAAAUAGAUUUUUAUUUUACUACUUUGGAAGCUUCAAAUUUAAAAAUUUAUGUAUUAAAAAAUUGGCAUUACUCAACUUGUUCUAAAAAUGUUUUAUAACGCACUUUUAAAUUACUGCAUUUAAUUUUAUAGAAUAUUUUAUAUUUGGAUUGGAUAUAGACUGUAGAUUAUCAAAAAAUUGUGUGAGAUUCUUUAGAAUAUGUUUUGAUAAUUGAUUAUACGUUGUUAUUUCUUCAAUCUCUUACUAUAAUGUUCCAAGUCCACCUUUAGUAAAUAAUUUUGCGAGAACGACAUGGCUUACCAUUGUCUCCCAAAUUUAAAAAAAAUUAUGUAUAAAAUACGUAUUCGUAUUGGGAAAAAAUAAUUAUAUAUAUUUUAUAUUUUUGUAACAUUAAAGCAAAUUUUACAUUUAUUAUUAUAGCUCGCUACAUUUCAAAAACAUUAGUGUCUUUUUCCAUAUUUUUAAGAUU